CGUCCUGCUCCACCUCUGUUAGUGUGACUUUGUCAAUGGUCCAAGUCGGACCGAAACGUCGUCGUAAGCUUCUCUCUUUUAUGUGCGGGUUAUUUGUGUAUUGACCUACAUUUGUUUUCCUAACAAGAAUUUUCCCAUCCCGUGUGAAACAUUGGUGUAUUGUGUCAUUAUUCUCCCGCUUAAGUUUUCUGACUAUACAGGAGGUUCUGACGUUUUUUGGAAAUGUCUUCGGAGAAGGUAAAGAUGAUUGACCCAUCACUGGUGUUCCGGCCGGAGGAAGUCAUCAGGAAGACUGACCAUCAGUUCCGCAGCUUCCAAGAGGAACCGAGUCACCCCAAGAUGCAGCAAGUGAAACAGACCUAUCUCAACAUGCACACACACCAGUCUGUGGAAUAUGUUAAGUCUAAGCUCAGUGAAUGGGGAAAUUGCAAUAAAUUUGAGGCAACAAUUUUUGAGGCGCUGGAGAAACUGAACGACCUCAUAGACGAGAGUGAUCCAGAUGUUAACAUUCCCAACAUAGUGCACGCGUUCCAGACUGCUGAGUGCAUCCGCAAGGCUUACCCAAACGAUGACUGGUUCCACCUGACCGGACUCAUUCAUGAUUUAGGCAAGGUGAUGGCUUUCUAUGGAGAACCACAAUGGUCAAUAGUCGGAGACACAUUCGCGGUGGGAUGCGAGUUUCCAGACUCCAUCGUGUACCGUCAUUCCACUUUCCACAACAAUCCAGACUUAAAUAACCCCAAGUUCAACACCAAGUACGGUAUAUACCAGCCUAACUGUGGUCUCCAGAACGUAUAUAUCUCCUGGGGUCAUGAUGAGUACAUGUAUCAAGUACUGAAGCAUAACAAGUGUACACUCCCUGAAGAAGCCUUUUACAUUAUCAGGUUCCACUCGCUAUACCCCUGGCACUCUUGUGGGGACUACAUGCAUCUCUGUGACAACUACGACCUGAAGAUGCUCCCGUGGGUACGAGAGUUCAACAAAUUUGACUUGUACACCAAGAAGGAAGAAAGUCCUAAUACAGAAGAACUGAAACCUUAUUAUCAAUCCCUGAUAGAUAAAUACUGCCCAGGGAAGCUGAAAUGGUAAAUUUUAAGUGUGACGGGGAAUGUUUAUAAUUUUUUUUUAUUUAUUUUUAUUUGGAUAUGAUACAUAGUUGUACAAAGAAAUAUAGUGAUUGGGUGUACAUACCAAAAGCCCCUUGUAUGCAGAGCAUUAUGGGCAGCUUAAAAUUAACUUAAGAUUAACUAAGCAAUGAUAUAUUCAGUGGUAAAAAUUAUAGUAAACAAAUUACAACAUGAAGCACAAAUGAAUAUUUCAAAUAAGAAGCAUUAAAGUUGUUCAAAUUUGAAGCAUAACAA